GCAUCUAUUAUGGUUGAAAAGGAGGACAUACGCACGAGAUCAAUGAGAAAGUACAAAGACAUACCAUCGUGGUGGUUCUACUUAUUGUUGGGGGUAACGUUUUCCAUUUAUAUCAUCUUAUGCAUCUUCUUGAAAAACGAAGUUCAAAUGCCAUGGUGGGGAUUGGUGUUUGCAUGCGUGAUCGCCUUCUUUUUCACCCUUCCAAUCAGCAUCAUAACCGCGACAAAUAACCAUACACCUGGAUUGAACAUAUUAACAGAGUACAUAAUGGGACUCAUAUACCCGGGGAGACUAAUCGCCAACGUGUGUUUCAAAGUAUACGGUUACAUGAGCAUGGCUCAAGCCGUAUCUUUCCUAAGCGACUUCAAACUAGGUCAUUACAUGAAGAUCCCACCUAGAUCUAUGUUCUUGGUUCAAUUCAUAGGAACCAUUAUAGCCGGAAUAAUUAACAUAACAGUCGCCAUGUGGCUUUUGUACACCGUGGAAAACAUAUGUCAAGACGAUAUUCUCCCACCCAACAGCCCCUAGACCUGCCCGGAGGAUCGUGUGUUUUUCGACGCCUCAAUAAUCUGGGGGCUGGUAGGACCCAAACGGAUAUUCGGUAGUUUAGGGAACUAUAGUGGAAUGAACUGGUUCUUCCUUGGAGGAGCUGUUGGACCGAUUUUGGUUUGGCUUCUACAUAAGGCAUUUCCUAAACAAACGUGGAUUCCACUCAUUAACCUCCCGGUUUUGUUUGGGGCGACCGGACAUAUGCCACCUGCCACUACUUUAAACUACAAUUCGUGGAUUUUGGUGGGGACGAUUUUCAACUUUUUCGUGUUUCGAUAUAGGAAGAAAUGGUGGCAGAGGUAUAACUAUAUCUUGUCGGCUGCCUUGGAUGCGGGAUUGGCUUUUAUGGCGGUUUUUCUUUAUUUUACACUCGAGUCGGAGAACAGGGAGUUGAAAUGG